CAUGUAGAUAAAGCCUGCAUUUAAUACCAAUUCAACUGCUCAGUAACUUAAAGAUCUAAACCAGUGUCGAAAUCUAACGAUAUGGCAGAUUUAAGAUCCAGUGUUAUUGAAACAGUCGACAGAUAUGCCGUAGAAUUGAACAGUCUUAGUCAACAAAUAUGGAAAAAUCCAGAGCUGGGAUUUAAGGAAUACUCUGCUCAUACUGUGCUCACGGAUUUUCUUGAGAAAGCUGGUUUUAAGGUUGAAAAACAUUAUAAAAUAGAAACUGCCUUUAAAGCAACUUUCGGUGACGUGGAUCCAUCGAAACCUCAUAUUGCUGUGAUAUGUGAAUAUGAUGCUCUAGCAGAAAUUGGUCAUGCCUGUGGACAUAAUCUGAUUGCUGAAGUUGGUAUUGCUGCAGGUCUUGGAAUCAAAGAAAUUCUUGAAAAGUCAGAUACUAAAUUGGGACAGCUAACUAUACUGGGUACACCUGCGGAAGAGAGUUGGGCAGGUAAAGCUAUUUUAAUGAAACAUGGCGCUUUUAAAACGUUUGAUGUUGCUAUGAUGGCUCAUCCAACAUCUGCCACCGUUACUAAAAUACCAAUUUUAGCUGCAAACAGGUUGAUGAUCAAAUAUAUUGGUAAAGCUUCACAUGCUGCAGGGUUUCCGUGGGAUGGAAUUAACGCUCUUGAUGCUGCCGUUCUCUGUUACCAAAAUAUAUCCUGUCUUAGACAACAAUUUAAACCAACAUGGAGAGUUCAUGGUGUUAUUACCAACGGUGGAGUUAAACCAAACAUCAUUCCCGAUCAAACAGAACUAGAAUACUAUGUGCGGGCACCAAAAGACUCGGAGCUAAAAAUUCUUGAAACUAAAAUAGUGAAAUGUGUAGAAAGUGCUGCUGAAGCAACCGGUUGUAAGGUGGAAUAUGCGUUUGGUGAGCAUCCAUACAGUGCUAUGUUGUACAAUAAUACAUUAUGUGAAUUAUACGAGAAGAAUGCCUCAUCAGUUGGUGUUGAAUUUAGUAUGGAUGAAUCUGUAAAACAAAGUCCUCUAGGAUCAACUGAUAUGGGAAACGUAUCAACAGUGGUACCAAGUAUUCAUCCUUGUUUUCACAUGGGAACUCUAGCUGCUAACCAUACCACUGACUUCACAGCAGCUGCUGGUUCACCAGCAGCCCAGCCUUUUACAUUACAGCAAGGUAAAGCUUUGGCUUUAACGGCUUUGGAUAUUUACCAAUCACCGGAUUUAUUACAGAAAAUAAAACAAGAUUUUAUAACCGAUACACAGAACGCGUGAAGUUACUAUAUAUUCAACAGUACACAAUUGUUAUGGAUUACCACAAGGCCAUGUUUAGGGCCCCCGUGGUCCAUAUAAGGAAAGUGAAUCAUAUUAAUUCUCAAGAUAUAUUCUCAUUCUAAUCUAUUUUACUAUCUACCGAUAUUCUUUUCUUACUUAAACUUAUUGCUCACAUACCUUUUUCUGAUUUUUAUGUUAAUGUCUUCAAAGCUUAGGGGCCCGAAAGACAGAAAAUAAAUAAAACACUUAGAAGUGUGAUGGUCAUGGGGGUAAUGUCGAAACACUUUUCGCCUCGCUCCCCUCAACGGCCUGGUGAUAAUGAGUAUGUGAGUAGCUAUACUCAUGCGCCGUUUUCCAUAUCUUUCGUUUUCAAUUGAACUUUCCAAUUUUAAUUUUUUGACCCGAAAUGGGUCAAAUGCAAGUAUUGUGAGUAAACAGGUGCAACUUGUGAAAUUCAGUUCAUGUAUAUUCAAAUACCAGUCUACAGUAAAUGAUACGAUAAAUUGAUUAAAAACUGAUUCGAAAAAGGAAACAUUUCAUAUACGCUGAACAGGGACCUGAUGAUUGUGAUUUAGGGUUGAUUAGAAACUGAUUCGAAAAAGGGAACAUUUCAUGUACGCUGAGCAGGGGCCCGGUGAUUGUGAUUUAGGGCUGAGUACGGCCGUGACGCAAAAGUACGGCCGUGACGCAAAAAUACACCUCAAUUCCGGUGCAAAAAUCACUCUAACAUUGGACACUUUUUCACUGUCAAUACCCCUUUAAAUCGUAAACCCGCGUGUUAUCAUGUAAACGAAAAUUUCAAUUUCAUCACUUUCUUGACCAAUCGGGGAGCCACGGCGGCUAAGUGGGUAUGACGCUCGUUCGCUAGCCUGGAGGUCGC